AUGGCGAAGAAACUACACGACUUGAGAUUAAAAGACUGAAUUAUACCCAUUAUGAAAACAUAUGUUGUUGCUUUAAAUUGUUUGCUGCUGUGCUAAGCAGUUUUCUGUAGUGUCCAUGCUUUUAACCCAAGAUACAUUACAACAGGGUUGAAUCCCACCAGAUUUCGAAUAGGUGACCAAGAGUUUGAUUCUUUGCCAUCUUUACUGGAAUUCUACAAAAUACACUAUUUGGACACUACAACUUUGAUAGAACCAGUUUCCCGGUCCAGGCAGAAUAGUGGCGUUAUCCUCAGGCAGGAAGAAGCUGAGUAUGUGCGAGCUCUCUUUGACUUUAAUGGAAAUGAUGAAGAAGAUCUUCCAUUUAAGAAAGGAGACAUACUAAGAAUCCGGGAUAAACCUGAAGAGCAAUGGUGGAAUGCAGAAGACAGCGAAGGAAAGAGGGGAAUGAUACCUGUUCCUUACGUCGAGAAGUAUAGACCUUCCUCUGCUUCAGUUUCUACUCUGAUUGGAGGUAACCAGGAUAGUUCCCACCCACAGCCACUGCGUGGGCCGGAGCCAGGGCCCUAUGCCCAGCCCAGCAUCAACACUCCGCUCCCUAACCUUCAGAAUGGCCCUAUUUAUGCCCGGGUUAUCCAGAAGCGAGUCCCUAAUGCCUACGACAAGACAGCCUUGGCUUUGGAGGUCGGUGAGCUGGUAAAGGUCACAAAGAUUAACGUGAGUGGUCAGUGGGAAGGAGAAUGUAAUGGCAGACGUGGUCACUUUCCAUUCACACAUGUUCGCCUGCUGGAUCAACAGAAUCCUGACGAGGACUUCAGCUGAGUGUGGCUCAACAGUUGCGCUUACAGAUGGGAACAAUCUCAACUUGUUUUUAUUGCAGAUGCCAUCAAGACUAUGUUCCGACAGAUUUUGAAAGCGGUAUUGCUUGUAUAAGCAUUCUGAUAACCUGCGAACCCCUGGGACUGAACACCACCAUUCCUUAAUCAAGGGUCAUGUAAUUCAGGGUACGACAGUAGAUGACUUGUGUGUCAAGUGGCAGACCUAGUACAUGAUUAUAGGUUGUAAUGCCUGCUUAUGUCCAUGUGCACAGCAGACUGGACCUUGCUAGCAGCAGCAGUUGGAGAAAGCAGUAACGUAGAUGUUACGAAAACAUACGUAGCUCUCUCCGGUCCUAUUGCUUAUGUUGCUUCUUCCUCAGGCAAUGAACGUCAACCUUAGACAAUUCAAUAUAUAGAUAGAAAUGUCACAAAUUUAUCCUGGAGCUUUUUUUUUUUUUAAAUCCUGAAUUCUCUGUCCUAGAAAGGCUAUAAGUACUUUGCAUGGUCAGUUAACUAUGCGCAGUACAUAUUUACAUAGGGCCCGCAGGGGACAGCCUUAUGACGUACAGAUGCUUACCAUUUUAGUGGUAAACAACAGAUCAAAUCAACCUCGGAAUUCUAGAAGUUGUGGACACUAGAUUGAUUUCUUCAGUACUGUUGAUGCUUCAAACAUAGCAGCUGAUUUUAAAUUAAAAUUUCUAUUAACACACCAAUAUCUAUCAACAAAUACAAGGCUUAUGGGAGUGUAAACAUCCGUAUCAGUGCUGAAAAAUGUGUGCAUAGCACUUUAAUGCAUAGCUUUAAAGCAGUGUUUGAUUCACUAAAUAUACUAAAAUAUUGACACUGCUUUACAAUAGAAUUAAAUUAUAUAGGGCCAGUUUAAUUUUUCUAGAAUUCUUCAGUACUCCUAUUUUACAAUACUCUUACAGUACAAAUCAGUGUCAAACAUGGUGAACUGACAAAUCAAAUACUACUUUUAUUUUAAAGUUACUCUGGGGACUCUUCUGGUUUAAUUCCCAUCUGUAAAAAAUUUGAUAGUGAAUUCGUGAGGAUUUUAUUUUUAAUAAACUAAUGGAAAAUA